CCGGUAAAAUAAUAAACACAUCAAGUCUUCUUGGCGGGGGUAAAAAAUUGAUACUGAAAUUUAGUGUACACAUUAAUAUAUUAAUUUUCCAAAACUAUUUGCAGAUAUCAAUGUUUGCAUUUUUAUUUUGGUAUAUUGAUUGACCUUAAAUAUCUAAAAAUGCCUGGAAUGUUGAAAUAUAUUGAAGUUGAAAACUUCAAAUCUUACAAAGGCAAGCAGAAGAUCGGUCCCUUCAAAAAGUUCACCGCAAUCAUUGGCCCCAAUGGAUCAGGAAAAUCCAAUCUUAUGGAUGCCAUCAGUUUUGUGAUGGGAGAAAAAACAACAAACCUCCGUUCCAAAAGACUUGGUGAUCUUAUUCAUGGUGCACCUAUUGGUAAACCGGCUUCAAAUCGAGCUACAGUGACAGCAGUUUAUGGUGAAGAAGAUAGUGAUCGUGAGAUGCACUUUCAGAGGAUAAUCAAUAAUAAUACAUCUGAGUACAGGAUUGAUGGACAUACUGUGACAUCACAACAGUAUAAUGAAGCACUGGAAAGAAUUGGAAUUCUGAUCAAAGCAAAAAACUUCCUUGUAUUUCAAGGUACAGUAGAGAGUAUAGCAAUGAAAAAUGCAAAGGAAAGGACAGCAAUGUUUGAAGAUAUUUGCAAAUCUGGUGAAAUGAAAGAAGAGUAUGAGAGAGCUAAGGCGGAGAUGUUGAAAGCUGAGGAAGACACACAAUUCAACUUAAACAAGAAAAAAGGAAUUGCAGCCGAAAGGAAGGAGGCUAGGCUGGAGAAGGAGGAGGCGGAACGUUAUCAGAGAUUAAAUGAGCAGCUGGUUGAAAAACAACUAGAGCUAGCUUUGUUCAAGCUAUUUCACAAUGAAAAAGACAUUGAAGAAAUAUCUGAAGAACUGGCAAAGAAAACUCGUGUACUUGAAAAGGAAAAUAAAAGACGUGAGAAGAUUGAAACUGAGAUAAAGGAAAAGAAAAAAGAACAGGGCACAAUUAGUCGAGAUUUGGCUAAGUUGGAGCAGCAAAUCAAAGAAUCUGAAACCAGUCUCAACAAGAAAAGACCACAGUAUAUUAAGGCUAAGGAGCAGACCUCUCACAUGACCAAAAAGCUGGAUGCAUCUAAAAAAUCACUGAAGCAGGCUAUUAAGAAACAUGAAAAUCACAACCAAACAUUGUCAGAAAUCCAAGAGCAGCUUGAUGAUGUGAUGCACAAACAGAAGGCUUUUGAAGCCGAAUUAGAGGAGGAAUCUCAGUCGCAGGGGAGGUCACUCCAGCUGGAAGAAAGCCAAGUCCAACAGUACAACAGGUUGAAGGAGGAAGCAGGCAGACGAGCGGCUGAAUACAUGCAGGAGUUGGACGCCAUCAUCCGAGAUCAGAAAAUGGAGCAGGACAGGCUAGACAGCUGCCUGAGAGACAUCGCCACCUAUGAGUCUAAACUGAAACAGAAACAGCACGAGCUAGAGGAGAACAAGAAUCGUGUUUCUAAGCUAGAAGAUUACAUCACGACCAGUCGAUCAGCACUGGAAGAUCAAAAGAAAGUUGAACAAGAGCUAGCCAAAGAUGUGAAUGAAUCCACCUACAGAAUUGAUGAAAUAAACAGAGAGCUUGAGAGUAUCACCAUGCAAUUGGGAGAAGCUAAAGUGGACAGGCAAGAGUCCUCCCGUGCCACAAGAAAAGCUGAACUCAUUGACACCUUGAAGCGCCUAUAUCCUGGUGUUCAUGGCCGCCUGAUUGACCUGUGUGAGCCAAGCCACAAAAAGUACCAGAUUGCCAUUACAAAAGUGUUAGGCAAGCAUAUGGACUCAAUUGUUUGUGACACUGAGAAAACCGCCAAGGACUGCAUUCAGUACAUGAAAGAGCAGCGCAUUGAGCCGGAGACAUUUUUACCUUUGGAUUACCUGGAAGUGGGGCAAAUCAAUGAAAAAUUAAGAGACAUCAGAGACCCAAAGAAUGUAAAGCUGGUGAUUGACGUCAUCCAUUAUGAUCCACCUGUCAUUAAAAAGGCCCUGUUGUUUGCCUGUGGUAACGCUCUAGUGUGUGAGACUGUCGAGGAUGCUCGGCGUGUUGCAUUCGGAGGAGUUGAGAGACAAAGGUCUGUGGCUCUAGAUGGCACAAUCUUCAAUAAGUCUGGUAUCAUCUCUGGUGGUGCAAGUGACCUGAAGGCCAAGGCCAGGAGGUGGGAUGAGAAGAGCUUGAGCCAGCUGAAGACCAAGAAGGAGAAGCUGAUGGAGGAGCUGAAGGAGCAGCAGAAGAAGAAGAGGAAGGAAUCUGAGCUGAACACCAUCAGGUCACAGAUCAAAGGCCUAGAGACACGCCUCAAGUACAGCGUCACAGACUUGGAGAACACGAGGAACAGGACCAUAAGACACAAUGAGAACCAGAUAGCUGAGUGUCAGAUGAAGAUUGAGAAAGCUAUGCCUGACCAACAGAAGCUUGAGAGAAGCAUUGAUGCCAGGGAAGUGGACAUCAAGCAGUUAAGAGAUGAAAUGAAUCGUGUUGAAGAUGCGGUUUUCAAAGAUUUUUGUGCUGUUAUAGGUGUUCUUAAUAUCAGGCAUUAUGAAGAGAGAGAACUGAGAGCACAGCAAGAGAGAGCCAGGAGGCGGAUGGAGUUUGAGAACCUGCGCCACAAACUUGAGAACCAGCUGGAGUGUGAGAAAUCCCAGGACACAGAAGAAAUUGUGAAGAAGUGGCAAGAGACAGUUCACCAUAACGAACAGGAAGUUGAAACUGUUAAAGAAGAGGAGGCUCGUCAAAUGCAGAUCAUAGAAGAGGAGAUGCAGCGGCAAGAGAGGCUGAAGCAGAACAAGCUGACCUACAAGUCCCAAGUGGACGACAUGGAGGCUGAGAUCAAUGAGGUGCGCAAGAGACUGACCGUCCAGCAGAAGGAAAUCGCUGGAGUGCAAAAAAACAUCAACCAGAUGGAGGUCAAGCUGGAGCAGAGGAGGGCAGACAGGCACAGUUUGCUGAAAAGUUGUAAGAUGGAGGAUAUCAGGGUCCCCAUGAGACAAGGCUCUAUAGAUGACAUAACAGAAGGAGAUGCUGUUGAUGGGAGCCAGGACACGCCCAUGGACUCUAUGAACAGUCAGGGAGCUAAAGCAAUCUAUGAGAGGGAGGCUGCUCUAGAGAUAGACUACUCAUUGUUGAGUGAGGAGUAUAAAGAGCUUGACUCUGGAGAAGAAGAGAGAGCAGCUCAGCAAACCAUGUCCAAAGCAAUAUCAGAUCUGCAGACCACUUUACAGAAAAUUAAUGCUCCCAAUAUGAAAGCUAUGGAGAAGCUAGAUGGAGUCAAAGAGAGAUUUCAAGAAACCUCGGAAGAGUUUGAGAAUGCAAGGCGAAGAGCAAAAUCUGCUAAAACAGCAUUUGAGAGGAUCAGGAAAAAACGCUAUGACACUUUCAUGCAUUGUUUUGAUCAUGUCUCCAUUAAAAUUGAUGAAAUCUACAAAUCUCUAGCCAGGAACCAGUCGGCCCAGGCAUUUUUGAACCCAGAGAACACAGAAGAGCCGUACUUGGACGGCAUCAACUACAACUGUGUGGCCCCGGGCAAGAGGUUCCGACAGAUGGACAACUUGUCUGGAGGGGAGAAAACUGUGGCAGCUCUGGCACUGCUCUUCUCAAUCAACAGCUACCAACAGUCACCUUUCUUUGUACUGGAUGAGAUUGAUGCAGCCUUGGACAAUACAAACAUUGGAAAGGUGGCAGCCUACAUCAGAGAGCAGUCUGGGAAAAGUUUCCAGUGUAUUGUAAUCUCACUGAAAGAAGAGUUCUACAACAGAGCUGAUGCUCUCAUUGGUAUUUAUCCUGAGCAAGGUGAUUGUGUUAUCAGUAAAAGCAUGACCCUAGACCUGACAGAGUACCCUGACCCACAUGCACAUGAACAUGAUGAGAAUUAUUUCCCUCGAUAGUUCAUUUUUGUCAUCAUAUUAACAUGUCAUUAUCAUGCAUUUUCAUCAAAACUUGUUCUUUUUAUCAUCAAAGAUAUUUUGUCACCAAAUUGUCAUAAAAAAUAGCCCAACUUUCCAUGAGCAUGUCAUUAUUAAAAUCACAAAUUUUCAUGUCAUAAUAUGUCAACACUUGUCAUUGUUGCCAUCAUUGUCAUCUGCAUGUCAUAAAAUUCAUAACUUGUCAUGUCAUGAAUUUUAUAACUUGACAUUACAACUUUCAUUAACCUCAUCAUAUCAUAAACAACAUUCUGUCAACUUGUCAUCAGGUCACCUAUUCUCACCAUUAUAGUCACUCAUCUUUCAAUGUCAGCAUAGUUAUUAUCAGUGUCAUCUUAUCAAUGUCAUCUUAUGUUUACAUGUUUUAACAGCAGCAAACCCAUAUAAUGUGAAAUACAUUUUAAUAAUGAAAUUUUAAAUGUUAAAAAAAAUAUCCCUGCUGUUCAGAUUAUUUGUUGUUGUUGGUGAAGUAGCAGUACAAAAUAAAUGACUGGAAUGAAUGUUAGUUUAGAGGGCAAAUGAAACUAUUUAACUACUUUGUUGACUUCUGUUUUCCUGCUUGCUCUUCUGUUGUAGUCGUCCUAACCAAUAGCCAUAGGGGACAUUACCCAUAUGUAUGGUAUGUAGCUGUUGUCUUCAAACUCCUAUAUUGGAAGUUAAGAAGAUUUGGUUUUCUCCUAUUUAUUCAUUGUGUCAGAAUUUUUCAUUUGAUGUAAAUAUAGAUUUUAAAUUUAAUGGUUAAUGUUAGCAUUUCUAUUUUGUUCAUAUUUAGUUCAUUUUAAUAUGUAACUCAAUACAUUUUACUGUAAACAAAACUGGU